AUGUCAAAUUUGUCAAAGCUUGAAUUUGUGGCACUUGAUAUCUCCGGAAAGAAUUAUUUAUCAUGGGUCCUUGAUGCUGAAAUUCACCUUGCUGCAAAAACUCUUGAAAAUACUAUUAUACAAGGAAAUGAAGCAUCAGGCCAGGAUAAGGCAAAGGCUAUGAUUUUCCUUCGUCAUCAUCUCGGUGAAGGGUUAAAAACUGAAUACUUAACUCUGAAAGAUCCAUUUGAAUUAUGGAGCAGUUUGAAGGAACGAUAUGACCAUCUUAAGGCAACGGUAUUGCCAAAAGCUCGAUAUGAAUGGAUUCACUUACGCUUACAAGAUUUUAAAACUGUAGGUGGAUAUAAUUCUGAUGUAUUCAGAAUAACUUCCCUACUUAAAUUAUGUGGGGAAAUUGUGAAUGAUGAGGAUUUACUGCAACAAUACCGUGAAAAGAGUUUAAAGAAAUAUUCUGAACUAAUCUCAUGCCUCCUGGUGGCUGAGCAACAUAAUACCCUUUUAAUGAAAAAUCAUGAAACCCGUCCUACUGGAUCUGCACCAUUUUCCGAAGUGAAUAUGGAGAACAAUAAGGAUCCUCAAAAUAAUUCUUUAAAGGGCAGAGUUAAUAUUUGCCACAGAUGUGGUAUGGAAGGUCAUUGGGCACGUGUUUGUCGUACACCUGACCAUUUUGUCAAACUUUAUCAAGCAUCUAUUAAAAGAAAAGAUAACAAUGUGGAGACACACUUGACUUAUCAAAAUAAUGAUGAUGAAGCAGGUCCCUCAAAUAAAUAUGAUGAUGUUGAGGCAAAUCUUGCAUAUAAAGAUGAUGAUUUUGGAGGCCUUGCAAAUAUUACUCAUUUAGAAGCUGGAGACUUCUUUGAGGAUAGUGACUGA